AACAAUCAAACCAACGAACUUUCAAAAUGCGAGGAUUGAGAAUGCAACAAAUGUUAGCUCUCAAAAACCACCCAAACAACAAAGCAGACAUCGCUGCUGCUCGGCUCAAAACUUGCUCGUCCCUCGCUCAGCUCAAGCAAAUCCACGCCCACAUCGUCCGCUUCAAUCUCCACCGAAACGCUUCCUUGGCUUCCACUCUCGUCUCUCUCUACGCCUCUCUCUCCUCCCCUCGCUACACCCGUCUCGUCUUCUCCUCUUUCUCUCACCCAAACCUCUCUCUCUUCAACCACGCCAUCAGAGCUUUCUCCAAGACAUCGUCGCUUGUUGUUGAAUCAAUAAAUCUGUAUGCCCAAAUGGUUCGCUUGGGGAUUAGACCCGAUAAUUUUACGUACCCAUUUUUGCUCAACUCGUGUGCUGCUCUAAGAGAUCUUUGUCCUGGAAUUGAGGUCCACGGACGCGUUGUGAAAGCGGGUUUCAGUGCGUGUGUUCCGGUUUCGAAUGCUUUGAUUGAUAUGUAUGGUAAAUGUGAUGCGCUGGAGAGGGCACAUCGGGUGUUUGAUGAAAUGGGUGUGAGAGAUGAUGUUGUGUCUUAUAAUGCUCUUCUAGGAGCUCAUGCCAGAGGUGGGGAGGCUAUGGCAAAUGCUCAGGAUUUUUUUGACAGAAUGCAGGUAAAGAAUGUGAUAUCUUGGAAUGCAAUGAUUGUGGGUUAUGUAAAUAGUGGAGAUCUGGGGUCAGCACGUGCUAUUUUUGAUACGAUGCCUGAGAGAAAUGCUGUUUCUUGGACUACAAUGCUGGUGGGUUAUACUAAAAAUGGGCUCAUAGAUGUGGCUAAAGCUCUCUUUGAUGAAAUGCCGGAACGGAGUUUAGUUUGUUGGACAGCUGUGAUUUCUGGGUAUGCACAAAAUGGGAGACCAAGUGAAGCACUGGCACUUUUCCAGAGAAUGGAAAAAGCACGUGUACAACCAGAUGCUUUCACCAUGACUGCUGUAAUAUCUGCAUCGGCACAAUUAGGUCAACCAGAUAUAGCAAAUUGGAUUGCAUCUUAUGUGGAUCAAGAAGGCAUUGAGCGGAAUGAAACAGUACAUACUGCUCUGGUUGAUAUGCAUGCAAAGUGUGGCAACCUGGAACGGGCAUGCUGCAUAUUUGAGGAGAUCCCUCGGCGGGAUGUCGUCUCUUAUAGCGCGCUAAUCACAGGUCUUGCUUCUCAUGGUCAUGGGGUUAAAGCUCUUGAGAUCUUCCAGAGAAUGAUGUCAGAAAAUGUUGAGCCUGAUCAUAUCACCUUUGUUGGAGUAUUGACUGCCUGUAGCCAUGCGGGACUCGUUGAAGAUGGAAUGAGAUAUUGGGAAAGCAUGAUAAAAGAUUACAAAAUUGAGCCGGAUGCUAAUCUCUUUGCUUGCAUGGUUGAUAUGCUGGGCCGUGCUGGGAAACUUGAUGAGGCUCACAAAUUCGUAAAAAGCAUGCCUAUGGGGCCACAACCUGGAGCAUUGGGUGCUCUUCUUGGAGCAUGUAGAACUUAUGGAAAUGUUGAGAUUGCAGAAAUUGUUUCUGAGCAACUCUUCAAGUUAGAACCUGAAAAUACUGGGAAUUACAUGCUUCUUAUCAGUAUCUAUGCCUCAAGGGAACGGUGGGAUGAGGCCAAAUGGGUUCGGGAAGCAAUGGAGGAGAGACGAGUAAUUAAACUUCCUGGGUGCAGUUGGGUGGAGUUUGAUUGUGACAAAAAAGGAAAUCAAAUGAAGAACUUAAGGACUUAUAGCAAAACUCUGGUGAGCUGUAAUCAGUCAACUGAAAAAUAAAAUGCAACCCUUGUUCGGUACGCCAAGUGGCAGAUUCAACCCUGGGCUUUUACGAUUUAUGUGAAGAUUAGAUAGAAGUUGUGGUCCUACUCACUUCUUAUUAGUGUUAGCUACCUUGGGUCCCAUUGAUAUCGUGGUAAGGUUGUGUCAGGCUAUGACUCAAUUAGUUUUGAAGGAGCGCCUACUGUUUUUCAUUGUCAAAGCCAGGCCUCUCUGCACAAUUUCGAGCGAGUAGGUGCUACUAUAGUAACGCCUGAUGACUUGAGUAGAGUAGCCAGAAUUGGUCGCUCCUUCGUGCUGGAGAGAACUCACCCUA